ACACGGGGAUCCGCUGACCGAAUUUGACAUCUCUGUAUUUACAUUGGGCAUGUAACCUUAAAGGGUACAUGGGUUGAUGCAUAAGUUUUCUUAUUUUCUUUGUGUGUUAAUGCAAUUAUAUUUUAUAACGAUAUAACUUGUGCGAUAACGAUAGUAAGUGCACAACCUCUAAUUCCAUGAAAUUGUUCAACCUUAACAACAGGAGAACAAGUAAAUAUUUUGUUAACGUUAUAAGUUAUCAAAAUGGUUGAAGAAUCAGGAUGUGGCGAACUACAACAAUUAGUUCAAGAGGAAGAAUGCGAAGAACCAUUAAGUCAUGGUGGAGAAGCCACACCACCUUCGACACCAGCAAGGUCUAAACAUCCAAGUAAAAAUGAUACACAUAGUUCUCACGUAUCGCAACAAAUAUUAUGGGAAAGUAAUACGCAAACAUCACCAAUUGUUAGCAAAGGUAGUUCUGGUCAAGCGACAAGUCAAGGAUCUAUGGUUUCUGGAAGAGCUGUGAAUCUUUCAAAUUAUGGUAAUCAAUCGCGUCUAAGUUAUAUGAACGAGAAAGAAAAACAGAGACCAAAUCGACCUGAACCUUCGAGAAUUAAUCGUCAACAUAAAGGUAUGGCGCCAUGCAAACAUCAUUGCUUUUUAUCAGAAGUUCCUGAUGUUCGGCGUAUGGAACAAGCUUUGUUACAGCUUUUGGAAGAUUUUCAUAGCGGCAGUUUACGAGCAUUUGGGAAAGACUGCAGUAUGGAGCAAAUGACUGAAAUACGGGAGCAACAGGAACGAUUAGCUAGACUUCAUUUUGAGUUAGGUCAAAAACAAGAAAUAGGUGGAGAUCAAUCGGAUCUUCGUCAUUCGAGUACUAAUAUGCGGAAUUUAUUGCAACGUCUCCAACAGCUUAGUGUUUGUAUCGAAAAAUUACACAGUAAAUGAUUACAAAUUUUACAUAUAUUAUAUAUAUAUAAAAUAGGUUUGAUUGCAUUGAUUGAUCUGCUUUUAAUGCGUUAAAAACUAUACAUUUUCAUGUUUUUAUACAUUGUUGAAGUAAAUAAAUGUUAUUUUCAAGAACAUA